CCGCGGCUGCCGCUGGGCGGCCCGGGCGGGGCGGCGGGGAUGUCGCUGCCGCGGCUGGAGAAGCCGAUCAAGCAGGCCUUCUACAACACCGGGGCGCUGCUGUUCGCGGGGCUGUGCUGCGGCGCCGCCGUGCUCGUGUACUUCAUCCUGGAGGCGUUCCUGCGGCCGCUGCUCUGGGCCGUGCUCUGCGGCACCUUCCUGCACCCCUUCAAGACCUCUCUGACGGCGCUGGGGCGGCGCUGGCUCGGCCGCCUGCACCGCUCCCGCACCCCGGUACUGCUGGCCGCCCUCCUCCUGCCCAUCUGCUUCGCCGACUACGGCGUGGAGGCGCUGGGCGAGCAAGUGCUGCGGCGGCGGCGGCUCCUGCUGCUGCUGGGCGCCGGGGGGCCGCUGCUCUACGGGCUCUACUGCCUGGGCAGCUCCCUGGGCGUGCAGGUGCUGCUGGCACAGGCCGCCCGCAUCAUCUGCCAGGGGCUCGACUACUUCAGCAGCCAGUGGAUUUGGACACUGGUAGUUGGUUACUUGCUGAUGGUUUCAUUCAAGUGGAAUAUAAGCACUGAACGUUACUUAAAAGCAGUGUCUGUUCCUGUCUGGAUUAUGCUGCUCUUUCAUUUAGCUUCUGUGGCAGGUUCCUGGAGAAUUCCUGUAUUUCUGGUUAUAGUUGUUCUGAUGACAGUAGGCAUGUUGCAUGAACAGCAGAAUGGAAAGGAGUCUUCUGGUGCAGAGCUUCCUGGUCAGAUGAUUUCCAUUGCUGCUUCAACAAUUGCCAUGGCAAUUUCAAUGACAGAAGAUGAGUCCAAUAAUGAACAUUCCUCCCAACCCUCAGGAGCAACAGCAGAAGGUGAUCAGCCUCGACCUCCACAAGCUUCAUCAUCUUUCAGCUCCUCCUCUUCAUCAUCUUCUGGGAACAGACAAAGACCUGAGAUUGGAUCUUUUCUUAGAAAAAAGAAAACUAGUGAUAUUUACUUUGUUACUCUUGUGUGGGCGAUUGUCAUUGUUCAGAUCUGGCUGAAUUUUUGGAUUGUGCAGCUAUUGCCAGUGCCUUUUGCAGUUUGGGCUCUUAAAAAAUUCGUGGUUCAUUUUGGAGUUUUGAACUUCAUGGCAAAGCACUGCAAAAGUUGGUGGCAACUUGUUGAGAAUUUUGUUAAGGAACGUCAGGAAGCUCUUGCUCCACGGCCCAUCAGAGGACUUGGAAGUGUUAUGCUAAAGCUUGACAGUAAGCUGUGGCACUGGCUUAAUAAGAAGAUUAUCGUGUGGUUGGAGAAAAUGCUAGAUAAAAUAAUCAGCAUUUUCAUAAUAUUUUUACUGGUGAUAGGAACUCUUCUGCUAGCUCUUCUCCUUACUGCAAAGGUACAUCAAGAGAGCGUUCACAUGAUUCAAGUCACAAGCAGCUUGAUCAAUGAGACAGUAGCCAGUCACCCAGAAUGGGCAAACUGGCUCCCAGAAGCUCAGGUCAUUCAGAAGGCGCUCAAUUCUGCAGCUAACAACGUAUACCAGUAUGGCCGAGAAUGGAUCACACACAAGCUCCAUAAGAUUUUAGGAGAAAAAGUAAAUAACACUGCUGUGAUUGAAAAGCAAGUGCUGGAGCUCUGGGACAGGCUUUAUCACUCUUGGUUUGUGAAGAAUGUAACACAUUCUGGAAGACACAAAGGACACAAAUGGCACAUAAACCGUCAAAACAGCUGGCUUGGAGAUAUUCUGGACUGGCAAGAUGUUGCAUCCUUUGUUCAUGAUAACAUCGAAACAUUUCUCUCCAUCCUCGAGUCUCUGUGGAUAGUGAUGAGUCGCAAUGUGAGCCUCUUGUUUACCACGGUUACAGCAUUAGUGACAAUCCUCUUCCACAGUGGGACAGCUCUUCUCAAUUUUGUGCUUUCAGUGGUGAUUUUUCUGACUACGCUGUUCUACCUGUUGAGCUCCAGUGAUGAGUAUUACAAGCCAGUAAAAUGGGUGAUAAGCCUGACACCUUUGUCUCAGCCAGGUCCCUCCUCAAAUAUAGUUGGCCAGUCUGUGGAGGAAGCAAUAAGAGGUGUGUUUGAUGCUUCCCUCAAAAUGGCUGGGUUCUAUGGACUCUACACUUGGCUGACUCACACUAUAUUUGGGAUUAACAUAGUCUUCAUACCAUCUGCAUUAGCAGCAAUCCUUGGAGCAGUGCCAUUUCUGGGGACAUACUGGGCAGCAAUCCCUGCAGUCCUAGAUUUGUGGCUUGUGCAAGGACAGGGAUGCAAAGCCCUUUUGCUCUUGGUUUUUCACCUCUUGCCAACCUAUUUUGUAGAUACAGCAAUUUAUUCAGAUAUAUCAGGAGGUGGUCACCCUUACCUAACAGGCCUUGCAGUAGCUGGUGGAGCAUAUUACUUGGGGCUGGAAGGGGCCAUCAUAGGACCAAUUCUACUUUGUAUACUUGUGGUUGCUUCCAAUAUAUAUAGUGCCAUGUUGGUGAGUCCAACAAAUUCUGUGCCCACUCCAUCACAAGCAACGUGGCCUUUGCAGAUUUACCGGUCACCUAGAGAGAGUCCCGAGGAGAUGAAAAUGUCUGCAGAGUGAUGGAGGUGCUGGGAUGCACCUCUACAACAUGAGGGAAUCUGUCUUCUGUCUUGGGUUCACAACAGCCAUGGCCUUCUGUCCCUUCCCAGCUGUGCCUGGGGGCAGCUCACAGGGAAGCAUAGACUGGGUUUUAGGAGAAAGCACUAGAACAUCUGCUGGUGUUGCAUUAUUGUGCACUUUGCUUCGUCGAGAGAGAAUGUCUACUUCCCAUGGCUUUGCAUACCAACACACAGUCAGCUGCCUUGUUGAAGACUUUGAAGACCUUCUGUCUUAUCAAAAGAAUAGUUAAGAGGACAGGUACAUCCACUGGAGUUAUUAUCUGCUGAAGUUAUUAACUUGGCUUUUAUUUAUUGGGUUAUUUGUCUUAUUAAACUGUAGUAGCUUUAAAGAAAGCUGUACUUCCAAAAUAUUUAUUAUUAGGCAAUCUGGUGGCAAAGAAGGGCAAACCACUCAUUGUGAAAUGAAAGUAUAAUAUAAUAGUUUGCUCCCCCUCAACGUGUUUCUUUAUAAGCUUCAACCAUCAUCUGUAACUCAUAAUAACACUUAAAUAUUAUUCUUUUACACGCACUGAAAUUUAAUGUUGUUGGAGACUGGUAUUUUUUAAUACCUUCCUGAUAUUAAUAGAAAUGGAAAAUGUUAAAUGUGGGUUUUCCUCUUACUGACAUACGAGGACUUGUUUAAAUAGUUUAAAUCUUGCCCCCAUGUGCAGCGAAAUCUGAUAAUAUUUUGCUGUUUGUCCACCCUCCCAGUGGAGUCAUCUUGUCAACUAAAUUUAAUCAAAGGCCUUAAGUGUUUUCAGAAAGUAGUAAUGUAGGAUAGUUGCAUCUCCUUCCAGUAACUGGAAGAAGUUUAAUGGGGAUUGUUUAAUGCUGGUUUUCAAAUGCUGUGGCUGAGUUCAAUUCACUUUUUAAACAAUUUUACUACCAGAAAGAAAGGGGAGAGAGCAUGGAUUUGGUUUACUUUAGUUGGGGCUUUUUAAUCCUGUAAGUGUCUGGCCAAAUAAUUUUACUGAGAUAUAGGAUAUAUGCUAAUAUAUUAAGGUUUAUCUUAUUAAUAAACAAAGAUCCUGAAUUUCUGAAAUUAUGUAUUGCCUAGGUCACAGUGUCAAAUCCUCUAGUAUUUUUCUUCGAUACGUAAUUUUGCUUAAAAUGCAGCUUUGGUGACAUUUAAGGCCUUUUGUAUUGAUUGUCAAAACAUUUUGACACAAUGGAUCUUUAUAAACAGAUCCUUUUUGUAAAUGGGAAGUGGGGUUUUUUGGAAAAUAUUUCAUACUUGCACAGCUUUUCCACAAAUCCAGUGAGGCCCUAGGUACAAAGUAGCAGAUGCACUUGCUUAACCAAAGAACCACCAUUCAGUUUCUGGUAACUUGAAUUGAUUUCAGAGGUUGAUUGAUAAUGAAUUGUACAAAAUACAGGCAUGCCUUGUAUUUGCUGUUGACAGUAAUUCAAUGCUUGAAACAAAGGGAUCUUAUCCAGGGAUGAAGAUAUCUAAGAUGUGUGCACAAACAGCUUGCAGUAACAGAGGUGUUUUACUUGACUUCUAGGAGUGCUGACAUAUUUGAAGGUUCUUUCUAUGAUAUUGCAUGUAUUUUUACGUUGUUUUGAAAAGCACAUUGCCAUUGCAAAGUGAUUGGAAAGUACCCUGAUACUGAAUAAAGUCCGGCUAUAGGUUCACAAUAAACAGACUGCCUAACAAGACACAAAUAGUCUGUUCCUCAGAUUCUCAAAAUAAGCUGCUGCAAUUUUACUGAUGAAAUUCUAUGUUUUAAGUGAGAGGGGUUGAGUAUGCUGUUUGUGCACGCUUGCAUGUAUGUGCUUGAGGGACAAACUUGGGCUUAAUUUACUAGGUUGACUCAGGUUUAUCAAAAUAAGGAAACAUCCCAUUUAAUAUUUUAAAUUCUGAGAUAUCUGCACAUCACUUUCAACUAACUGAAUAAGAAGAACGUGUUGCUUGAAUCACAUAUCUGUUUUAUCUUCUUGGGUUUUUGGCUUACAAAAAUGCUUAAAUGAAACACAUUUUUAUAAUUGUUGCUGGCGAGGGUGGAGGAUGUGGGAAAACCUGAGGCUUUCCUAAAAUACUUCUGCAGCUUUCUAACCAGCUGGAAUGAGACCACCAUGAUAUUUAGGUAACUAUUGUAUUACUGGUUUUUUUAGUUCACACUUUUUCACUGAAUUGUGUUCUUGUUAUAGCUUGUAGACAACAUUUAAAACACCUCUUUGCUCACUGGUCAAGACAUGUUUAUUUUCCACAUGUCCUAUCCCAUUUUCUGGGACAAUCUUUCAUACUCCUGUGGUACUCUACUUAGUAAUUUUGAAGAGUCAUUAAAAAGCAUUAUUCUGUUUGGUUUUAAGUUGUCUUCUUCCCCUUCAAUGGAUUGCCUUAGGUCAAAGAAGGGUCUCUGCUAUGAAGAUUAAAACCGUGAUUGUGACACCGUUAACUUCAGUAAUGCAAAUGAGUAAAAUUGCCUGAGAAGAUACUCUGCUGUUUUGAAAUGUUCCUUUUCCAACGUGAAAUCAUUUUAUAUAGAGAAUUCACAUCUGAUGGAGUGUUGUUUAGUUUGUCCUCCUUUGAAAUGAGGCUUCAUUUUGAUGCUUUCUGUUCCAAAUUGAGCUCAGACUUGCCAGGAAGAACCAUCCAUAGUACAUCCUUACGCAGUAAAUGUAGCUUCAGGAACUCAUGCUGUGUGCUGUAUCUGAUUGAGGAACCAACUGUAUGGUUCAGUAAUGGUGCAGUAACAUAUACAUCCAAAAAGCAAAGAAAAAUAUGGAACAAAACUUCCAACACCUUGGAAUAGGAAAUAGUCACUGAUUUUCACCAUGUUUAGAAAAAAACCACAAAAAUAACCCCCAAAGCCACAAUAUACCACCUUAUGAAAGGGCAUACUUCCAUUUUUUGGGUUUUGUGUUUGGCAAGUGUCUAAUUACCAGCAGAAAUGGAAGACCUUGUCGUUGGGUAUUUAACAAUCCAUAUUAUUUUCUAAGCAGACUCAGCUGUAAGAACAGUUUAGUUUAGAUCAGUCUCACAUUAAUGUGAACAUAAUCAAACAGUCAUUUUGACUUCUGGUCUUUGAAAAGUGCCAGUUCAUGGUUAUAUUGCCUCACCUGCAAAAACAACCAGCAGUUCAGUGGGAUAAGUUUUUAGUACAUUGAUUGUAGCUUUCAAAAAAACCAACUCAACUCACUCCCCCCUGCAAGAUCCCACAACACCACCAACCAACCAACCAAAAGGCCCCACCACUCUCUGCAGUGCGGUUUUCUUAGGAGAGACAGUCUUUUCUGUAAUGCUUGUAGGCAAGAAGUUGAUUGCAUUUAGCUUUUCUGUAAUCAGUCAUUCCAGGAGCAGGUACUUACUAAGUGUAUUUAGUGCAUUUAGUGUUCAAUAAUUUAGAGUUCAGAAGGGAAUGCUUGUGGUAGUGCAGGACAGUGUUGUCUUACGGUAUUGUGAAAUUCAGCUGUGCUGGUUUUUGUCAUUCUCCUUGGGCAAUUGACUUGUUGCAAUUUAGUGUGGUGCCAAAGGGCUGUUUCUGGCACUCGAGUCUGAGUUAGCCUUUCCUUCCUGUACCUUGGCUGAACACUGCUGUAGCAGUGCAGACUGUGUGCCAGUCUACAGCCCAGCAUGUUAGCUUCAGGUCACUGUAAAUACUGGCUUGAUUGGAUCCAUGAAGGAACAAGCUGCAGUGGGCAAGAAUCUGGCACACAUUUCAUUCUGCCAGCCUUACUACUGUGUAGUGGCUUUCAGCACAGGUGCACUGUGGCCAGUUGGGAGCAGAAAUUACUUAUUUUGAAAGGCUGCUUAAAAAAACCCAGUUUAGCAUUAUAUUAAUACAUAUGAUGCACAUUUUUCAGGAGUUUGUACCUACAUGAUCUUUCUGUGCACAGUGCUGUGUAUGUGUGCAGGUUAUCUAUGGUGCACUUGGGCUUGUCUGAUUUCAAGGUCUGUGUGGCUUUUCUUAAAGACACAGGAGAGGAGGAUACACUGGAUGUGUAUUUUUUCAGUGAUUAUUGGAAUAGCAAAUCCAUAAUCUGUUUAAUUAAAAUAAGAAAAAAACAUUGUUCAGGGGAAAUUGGAUUCUGUCUCCAGUGUUAUCCAUUGUGGGUAUAAGCAUAACUUUUGAAAUAGGUGUAAGGCUGCAAUGUUAAACGUUGUUUUUCAGAAAGCCUGAAAAACCAAAACUGGAUUAAAUUGUUCUCCAGUAAAAGCACCAGCUGAAUUACCAUGCUGCUGAUCCCUAGUACUAGGAAUACUAUAGAGUGUUACUUUUCCUAUGGACCUGAUACACUGAGAAUGGAAAAAUACCAUUAUUCUACUGAGAUUCCAUAGCUUUGCAUCAUUGGUAGUGGGUGUUUCCACAACUGCCCUUAUUCAGACAUCGUGUUUCUAUUAUGUUGACUUAAAUUUGUCACUGUAGAUAGUGCCACCUUAAUGGAUGCUACCUCUGGAAACAGCUAUGAUUUCCUUUGAAGGUACUGAAGGGGGUUGGGAUUGGAGGUAGCGUUCAUUAUGUUUAAUAGCAGAGGUAGCAUCAUUCCUCUAGAGAUGCAGUUGCUUACCUUGAAGUUUGCAAUUUUACAACAGAAAAUUGAUUUGCCAGAUAAUCUUUAUUGAGUGCCAGCUGACAUCUCUUAAAUCCAUGGAUGCAUCAUCUUUAGAAACUCUCUGUUGACUUGUAUUUCACAGAGUUUCUUCUUAGUACUAUUUCCUGUACUUUUUGCUGAAGACAACUUUGACAAUUUCCUUAUUAUUCCUAUUUGUACAAAACUAGAAUCACUUAAAACUCUUAACAAACAUUAGGGAGAUUUGAUCUUUCACCUGGUACUGUCUAUCUGUCAGUUUUACUAAGGUAUCUUAAUGCUUUAUGGUAAAAUUUUCCAAUAUUGCUUUUAAGUGAUAAAAUUGGAAAUAAGAAAAAAAAACAAUGUGGAAAAUUAAUUUGAUGUUUUUAAACAAGAAACAAUGCCAGAAGUCAUAAACAUAUUCAGGGAUUCUACAUUGGGUUUGUAAAUGUAUAUAUUGGUAUGCUGUGUCACAUAAAUAUUGGGAGUCUCUGUUCUAUUCAGAUUUUCACUGAAAUUUUGUCUUCUUUCUUUUUUUUUUUUUUGUUGAGAUACCUGAGAACAAAACAGUGCCUGUAUAUAAUGAAAACAAGCAACAUUUUCUACAAUUCAUGUUUACUUGAUACAGAUUGAGGAAGAGACAGGCAAAUCCUGGUAGUGUGACUACCACUGUUUCAUUGUAGUUCAUGUAAAGUAGGGGAAAGCUGCUAGUAACGCAUUGCUGAGAGAUUGCUGUUCCUGGAAGUAUUUGCACACAUCCUCUGAAAAGCUGCCAAAAUUAAUAGGUCAUGAAAGACAUCUUCAGUUCCCCAGACUCCUAAACUCAUCCACACCUCCUCUGGUAUCUUGUCUGGAAUAUGGUCUAGUACAUGAGAGUAUUGCUUCCAUCCCCUUUUGGGAAUUGAUUCCAGGACCUGAAGGCAUGCUUUGAAUGUCCAUAUUGAAAUAGUAUGACCAAUUCAGGAAGGAAGUGCUGAUUGAAAGUAAAUGCAUCCUUGAUCUGCUGUGCAUAUGGAUGGACUUGGACAAAUAUAAUUCAUGUUGCAUUGAAUUGAAGAUUAAUUUUUUAAUAUAAAUACUAUUUGGUGGCACCAAAGCCAGAUUUGAGUGAGAAGCAGGGCAGAUUUGCUUGCAGUAGGGUCAAUCUGCAAGCUAAUAAAGCAAGAGUGAGUGCUCUAGCAUAUAUAUAUAUAUAUAUAUAUAUUUAUAUAUGAAGAAUUUUUAGAGCUGUGUUUUUAAAGUAAAAAGUUGAUUUCUUCUCAUAGCUUCACAUUUUACCCACUACAGUGUUGUGUACAGUGAUCCAAUGAGACAUAAACUUAAAGAAAUGUUUCAUGGUAUUCAUGUAAAUUAGAUGUAAGAAACAUCACAAAGCCAAAAAGUAGCCAUGCUACAAAAGUCCAUUAGGCUUAAGAACUGGCAUCUAGAUCAUAAGGUUGAAAAAACAAAAUCCCAGUAUUUGCUAAUCUUCCUUCCAGUAUCAGCCUAAACCUGAAUCUUUCUGAAGUAUCAAUAAAAACUGCUUCUGUGUUAAUAACCUACUGUCUGUGUAGAUCAAUGUUUUCAGCUUGUCAUCUGUCAUCAUGAGUAUAUUUGUCAAGCAUUCAGUUUUGUUCACAUUGUUGCCCUUAAAAACAGAUUUUCUGUGCUUCAGUGAUGGCUGGAUGGUUGGAAACCAACUUUUUGUAUCAGUAGUUAGGUGCUGUUUUUUAUAUAUAUAUAUAUAUAUAUAUAUAUAUAUAUAUAUAUAUGCUGGCUAGCAUUUGAUAUUUUGGUCAAAAGAGGAGGAGGGUUUUUUUUCCCUUGGGAAAUUUCACCAAACCAAAUCCAAAGAAACUUUUGACAUCCUAUCUUAAGUCUGGCUACACCCUACUCAAACCUAGCAGCGGGUGCUUUGCAUUACAGAGCACGGGUUGUUCUAAAGUGUGUGUUCCUACCAGGCCCCCUGGGGGAUUUGGAGCAAUAACUUCUAUUGUCUGUUGACACAAAUUUUGUCUGCACAUGCUAUGCAUCUUCAGAAUGGAACUAUGUUCAAAACUGAUGUUAUCAUAAUUGGGUUUGGUACAGUACCUGGUUUUGCAUGUAUAAUACAAUAUAACUCCUCUGUCCAUCUGUGGCCCAAUAAAAUGUGUAAGUUAAGGUUGAGAACUACUUGUGUAGACUGCAGAGGUAUUUAAAGUAAAUAAUUUUGAUUGUAUGCACCAGUCCUCAUCCUCAUAAAAAUCAGUUUUGUAGCAGGUUUAAGAGGCUUUUAACUUGAUAUUGUAUUCACAUUGCAGUCCUUUGUAAGCACAGAAUGGUUAAUAUAUUUUGAAAUAAAACACCACUAACAUAAAGAGAA